AAAAAGUUUCAGUUGCUUCUCUGUUUGUUUUAUAUUGUGGCUCCAGCCUCCAUAUUCUACAAGAAAGAAACAUCCACAUUUCUUACGGCUUUGUUUUAAGAGCGUUGCGGUGUUCGGUGACUUGCGUGUUGCUGGCCCUACCCUCGUUAAGCAACUGGAGAGUAUUUCGUCACUUGGGCCUUGGAAACGAAAAGAUUUUGGUGAAUAGAAAGAUACACACAACAGAAGAGUAAAAUAUUAACAAUUUGACAUCAACCAAGAGACAUUCAGUCCAAGUGUCUUUAAUCCAUUUGGGACUUACUGUACUCUGAGUUCUACUUGGUGCGAGAACUGACCAACAACUAUGGGCAAUAACGUUUCAGGAUGUGUGAAAAAAGAAGCUGCGAAAAACCUGUAUGCGAAGAUAGUGGAAAAAGGAGCAUAUGAACAAGACAUAAAAAGCAUGACGUGCACAAAGACAUUUUUCGAACAAGCAGCAAUGAGAGGAGUGGAUCAUAUUCUUCAGUUAAUAUCAAAGCGUAAAGUGGUCCCUGUAGCUUUUUGUAUGACUGGACUAGGAACAAUCAUUCUUGCUGGUUGUGUUGCUGUAGACCUACUUCAAAACAACUCUGAAAGUGACAGUGAAAUGACUGAGAAAGCAGUCCGUAAAAUACUCCAUGAGGAAUCCAUUCAGGAAAUCAGUAGCCUCAUUAUCGCUUAUCAGAAUCGCUACAAAAUGUUUGUAAACAGCAAAGAUAAACUUUGUAAAGAAGCUAAAAUCUAUGAAAGGGACCUGUUUAACCAGCUCAAUCGAGCCAGCCAAAGUAUGCUUAAAUAUCCCCAAAGUGCGACUGUGUCAAACUUCCUAGCCUGGUUAAAAGGUGCCAUAAUUUAUCUGGAAAUGCUAACUGACAUGGUUUACUUGGGCAUUAUCAACUCAGAUACAGUGGUUCAGGCAGCACAAAUCCACGCUGAUACCAUGAGUGAACUGGCACUUGCUGUUAAGAAACAGAAGAAGUCAGUCAUUCACUUGUUUCGGUUUCCUCUAGGCAUCCGCUUGACAGACAAGGAAGCAGGUCAUUCUGUUUGCGUAUAUUACCCUCACUUCAGUUCCAACGAUAUCAAUGAUAUCAAGGAACAAUACCUGAUGCUGCUUCUUGAUGAUCACCUUAAAAGCAUAGAGGAACAAUUUAAAUCUCUUAUCACUGACGUUCAAAACAAUUCAAAAAAAUUUAUAAAGGACUCAGGACCAGUGGGUUCUGAACAUCAUUGAGUUUUUUUUUAAUUUAAAAAAAAGCAUGCUUUAGUAGAGUCAGGUUCACACAGACCCAGGGUUUCAGGUGUGCUUUCAGCUGACGUUGUUUGGAGUUGAUGCUGACGCAACUCUGUCUGUCUGUCUCUCUCUCUCUCUCUCUA